AUGGCGAGCAGGAUUACUCCUUUCCUCUUCCGCAGCUGCGUCCGCCCCGCGGCGCGCAUUGCCCGUCCCCAGGCUCGCGCCUUUUCUGUCACAGCUGUCCGACCGAGCGGCACACUCCAUGUGCACCGCAACACAGCCGAUAACAAUGCCGAUAUCCCUUUCAAGUUUGACAAGAAGAACGAGGCCAUCAUCGAAGAGAUUCUUAAGCGAUACCCCCCUCAAUACAAGAAGGCUGCUGUCAUGCCCAUCCUCGACCUGGGCCAGCGCCAGCACGGCUUCACCAGCAUCAGCGUCAUGAACGAGGUCGCCCGUCUGCUUGAGAUGCCUCCUCAGCGUGUCUACGAGGUUGCCUCCUUCUACACCAUGUACAACCGUACUCCCGUCGGAAAGUUCUUUGUCCAGGCCUGCACAACCACUCCCUGCCAGCUUGGCGGCUGUGGUUCCGAUGUCAUUGUCAAGGCUAUCCAGGAGGAGCUCGGUAUUAAGCAGGGCGAGACUACUGCCGACGGCCUCUUCUCCUUCCUCGAGGUCGAAUGCCUCGGUGCCUGCGUCAACGCCCCCAUGGUCCAGAUUAACGACGACUACUACGAGGAUCUCACCCCCGAGACCACCGUCCAAUUGAUUAGAGCCCUCCGCGCCAGCGCCUCGGCCGUUGGCGGUGCCGCCGAAGCCAAGGUCCCUGCCCCUGGCCCUCUGUCUGGCCGCGAUACCUGUGAGAACAGCGCUGGCCAGACUAACCUUACAUCGAAGCCCUGGGGCAUCGAGACCACACGAUCGGACCUGUAA